GCCAUGCAUUGGAUAACAAUGAAUACGAUUGGCUUAAAGUCAAGUAAACAGUGAUUGCAAACCAUAUUUGGAGUGACUUUAAAAGUGAUGAAAACUAUCACUUAUUUUGACAUCAUUUGCAUCAACUGAUCACUAGUUUAGCAUUUUUAUUGAUAAUUAAAAGUAAAUUAAUGCCACAAAUACAAGAAAUUAGUGAUGAAUUGGAUGGCAAGGAAUUGCAAGUGUUGUCAUUGAAAGAGUCAGGCAAUCAAUUGGUCAAAAGUGGUGAUUACAAGAUAGCCAUCAAUGAGUACUUAAAGGCAUUGAGUUUGUCGGACAACACUCUCAGUGAUGACUCCAAGACGUGGCAAACAAAUCGACUAAAUCUUUAUAAAAAUUUAAGUCUUUGUUAUCUUAAACUUGAAGACUAUGAAAAUACAAUAAGUUAUGCGACAAAAGCACUUGAAUUGAGUCCAACAGACAUUAAGACAUUAUUAAGAAGAUGUUCAGCAUUGGAGACAAUGCAACGAUAUUCAGAUGCAUUCAAAGAUGCUCUAAAUAUACAACACUUGGAACCAAACAAUAUGUCGAUUAAAACAACUUUGCGUCGACUGAAUGCCAAAAUCCAAGAGUUGGUUAAACAAAAUUCAAGUAUAUCUUCGCGAAUGAAACAAAUGUUUGAUUACUUGACCGAUGAUGGGAUUGAAGCCGACAAACGGUUGCAGUCGGCCAACAAUUUAAUGGUUUUGGUCCGCGAAAAUGCGGGAAAACGAUUGUUUAUCGAAAGCAAUGGCUUGCAAUUGAUUUCAAAGAUACUUAACUCCAAAUGUGAUGCAAAUCUAAAAUUAGCUUUAAUUAGGACUUUGACUGAAUUAUCCAACAAUUCUGUUGAGGGAUCACUUGAUGUAUUAAAAGUGAUUGGUAUCAACACUUUGAUCCAAAUAAUGAGUCUUUCAUUUGAUGAGCAAAUGAUUACUGCCAUUCAAUACAACAUUCAGACAAUGAUUGAGUCAUUGAGUGGUUUUUGUGCUAAAGAAGAAAAGAAACCAAACAAGGAUCUGAUGAAAAAACAUGAGACAAACAUCAAUGAAAUAAUGAUUUGUCUGACAAAUAAUACAAACCUAAGAAUGAUGACCGGUCUCUGUCGAGAUGCCAUUCUUGAGCUUUUAAUAACACAUGUCGAUUAUCAGACACUCUUUUGGGGUCAAAUGUUAGUCCAAAAUGACGGUCUCUGGAAGUUAUUAGAGAUUGCAUCAGAACUCGAGGAAAUCAGAUAUGAGAGUGGAAUGAAUAUAACUUCGAGUACAAGAACUCAUGUAUCACUACUCUUGGAUAAAGUCUACUUAUGUCACGAUCACGACAAAGCCAGAGAAAUAUAUCGCGAUAAAGUCAUGGAUUAUAUUAAUAGUAAACUUAGAGGAAUGGAUAUCGAGGAUAAAGUUCGUGCCACCGCUACUAUUACUACUUUAUUGAUGGGACCCAUUGAUGUCGGCAAUUACUGUUUGGGUCAAACGGGAAUUAUGGAAAUGAUGUUAGUUAUGGCCGGUUCUGAUGAUGCCAUCCAACAGUGUGUAGCGGCUGAGGCUAUUAUAGCAGCGGCGUCUAAAAAGGAUAAGUGUACUUCUCUGGCCAAUAUGGGAACCGGAAUACUUAAAAAGCUAUUUAAGUCUUCUAAUGAUAGAAUCAAAGUUAGAGCACUUGUAGGUCUUUGUAAAUUAGGUUCUGUUGGCGGUACUGAUGCGUCUAUUCGUACAUUUUCUGAUGAAUCAACAGUCAAAUUGGCAAAAGCUUGUCAACAGUUUCUUGUGAGUCCAUCCGUCGAUAAGGAUAUGAAAAAAUGGUCAGCCGAUGGAUUGGCUUAUUUGUCUCUAAGCGCAGAAAUUAAAGAAGAGUUGAUAGAAGACAAGGAAGCUAUUACUGCUUUAGUUGAUUUGGCAAAAAAUGGUGAUCUUUCGGUUUUGUUUGGAGUCGUCACUACUUUUGUUAAUUUAACCAAUAGUUAUGAAAAACAAGAAGCAAUUCCUGAAUUGAAAGAAUUAGCAAAAUUUGCGAAACAACACGUGCCUGAAGAUCAUCCUAAAGAUGACAUGACUUUUGUUGAAAAACGGUGUCAAGUGUUGUGUAAUCUUCAAGUUGUUUCAGCUUUGAUUGCUUUAACUAAAUCCCAGAGCAAAACCAGUAGAGAAAUGAUUGCUCGGGUUUUCAAUGCAUUUUGUGAGUUCCGAGAUUUGAGAGGUAUUGUUGUACAACAGGGAGGCGUCAAAGCAUUACUUAAAUUAGCACUUGAAAGCAAUACAGAUAUCGGUAAAAAUAUUGCCGGUCAAGCAUUAGCCAGAAUAGGUAUUACCAUUAAUCCUGAGGUUGCAUUUCCUGGUCAACGAUGUUGUGAAGUGGUUCGACCACUUAUCCAUAUAUUACAUCCCGAUUGCAGCGCUCUAAUGAACUUCGAGGCUCUUAUGGCACUAACAAACUUAGCUCAGGUCAGUCCAAGUGUCAGAUCGAGGAUUAUAAAAGACAGUGGAUUUGCACGCAUUGAAAGUUAUAUGUAUGAAGACCACGAACUUCUUAAACGAUCCGCCACUCAAUGUUUGACUAAUUUGAUUGUAAGCGAAGAUAUGGUGAAGAUGUAUGAGGGAGACAAUGAUCGGGUCAAGUAUUUGGUUAUAUUAGCGAUGGAUGACGACAUUGAAACAGCCAAAGCAGCGUCCGGUGCCUUAGCUAUGUUAACAUCUGUCAGCAAGAAGUCGUGCCAAAAGAUAUUUGAACCCAAGUGUUGGCUCGAAUGUCUCAUCCAAUUGGUCUCUAAUAAAGACACAGAACUACAGCAUAGAGGCGUUUGUAUUAUUUAUAACCUAAUAGAUGCCGGCGAAGACAUCGCUGAGAAAAUCAUUGAAACACAAAUUUUUGAGAUUCUUGUAGCCAUUACUCGACCUGAAGUGGAUGACAUCGAAGACAAAAUCAAAGAUAUUGUAACUAAAGCUUUACAGAGAGCUGAAGAACUCAAUAUUAUUAAGAAUAUUGAA